CGGGAAGUGAGAGGGAAAAUCCAGUAGGAUUCACGGCUAUUAGGGAUUUUCCUUCAAUUAAUUUCGAAGCUGCAGUGCCUCAAGAAAAACAAUAGGACAUUGCUAGCUAAUAAAACACAACCCUUGCCAUGUCUGAGACAUACGAUUUCCUGUUCAAAUUCCUAGUGAUUGGGAAUGCAGGAACUGGAAAAUCAUGUCUUCUUCACCAGUUUAUUGAGAAGAUAUUCAAAGACGAUUCGAAUCACACCAUCGGAGUGGAGUUUGGCUCAAAGAUAAUCAACGUGGUAAACAAAUAUGUCAAACUCCAAAUCUGGGACACUGCGGGACAAGAGAGAUUCAGGUCUGUGACACGGAGUUACUACAGAGGCGCUGCAGGAGCGCUGCUUGUGUAUGACAUCACCAGCCGGGAAACCUACAACGCCCUGACCAACUGGCUGACGGACGCCAGGAUGCUGGCCAGCCAAAAUAUUGUCAUCAUCCUGUGUGGUAACAAGAAGGACUUGGACGCAGACCGGGAGGUCACCUUCCUGGAGGCGUCUCGCUUUGCUCAGGAAAAUGAGCUUAUGUUUCUGGAGACCAGUGCUCUGACAGGGGAGAACGUGGAGGAGGCCUUUGUGCAGUGUGCCAGGAAAAUCCUCAACAAGAUAGAGUCAGGAGAGUUGGACCCGGAGCGGAUGGGAUCAGGGAUCCAGUACGGAGACGCGGCGCUGCGCCAGCUGCGCUCCCCUCGCAGGGGACAGGCCGAGAGCGCCCAGGAUUGUGGCUGUUAGUGAACACGCUCAGUGUGCUCAGAUCCAAGGCAUGUUGGUGAAGACUUUGAGGAAAGAUGACAGAUGUAGGGAACAUGAUACAGAGCUCAUCAUGGCGGAGCGACUCUUCCCUGACCUUCUUUUAACUUCCCAACUUCCGGAUGUUCCGUCAGAGAGACCCACAGAGAAUCCUGGAUUCCUGGCCCCACACUGGAACGCUGAGCUUGUUCCUGGACCCCUCAGACACAGGCAGAGAGUCCUGUUUCAUCUCCUCAAGCCCUUCAAUCAUCUGGGCUGUAUUCAUAAAGCGUCUCAGAGUAGGAGUACUGAUAUGAUUAGUUUUUCCUUUUAGAUAAUAAUGAACAAGAUAACAGGGAGACCAAAUCCUAGAUCAGCACACUAAGUCUGAGAUGCUAUAUUAUUAUGGGACCUGACAUCUUACUUACACCCCUGUACUUCUACCCUACCCAUUGCAUCUUGCAUUAUGUACAGUAUUAUCUGUAUAAAGAACACAUCAUACAGUCCCUCAAAGCAGUGGUUCCCAAACUGUGGGGCGCGCCCCCGUCGGAAGGGCCAAUUAUUUAUUUAUUUAUUUAUUUAUUUAUUUAUUUAUUGUUUAAGGAACUGUCAGGCUUUCAACUUACUCUUGAAAGUUGUAAUAGCAGAAUGCACAGGGUGCAGUUUCUAAAUUGGUAGUAUAUCAGCAGUUUUCCUCUUGUCAUUGCAGACCUUAGAGCUAUUUAUAACUUGUCAGAAAUGUCCAGAUCGGCCUCC